CGCCUGCGCAUCAGGCGAAGCGCGUGCUGCGUGGUGCAGCUUUGGUGGUCGCUGGCGCCAGCCCUCAGAGGUUGAAUUAAAGAAAAGACUUUAUCGGAAGAUGGCCACUGCACAAUUGCAAAGAACUUCCAUGAGUGCAUUGGUGUUUCCCAAUAAGAUAUCAACAGAGCAACAGUCUCUAGUGUUAGUGAAGAGGCUCCUAGCAGUUUCAGUAUCCUGCAUCACAUAUUUGAGAGGAAUAUUUCCGGAAUGUGCUUAUGGAACAAGAUAUCUAGAUGAUCUUUGUGUCAAAAUUCUGAGAGAAGAUAAAAACUGUCCAGGAUCUACACAGUUAGUGAAGUGGAUGCUAGGAUGCUAUGAUGCUUUACAAAAAAAAUACCUAAGGAUGGUUGUUCUAGCUGUAUACACCAAUCCAGAAGACCCUCAGACAAUUUCAGAAUGUUACCAAUUUAAAUUCAAGUACUCUAGUAAUGGACCAAUCAUGGACUUCAUAAGUAAAAACCAAAAUAGUGAAUCUAGUAUGUCAUCUGCUGACACCAAGAAAGCAAGUAUUCUCCUCAUUCGCAAGAUUUAUAUUCUAAUGCAAAAUCUGGGACCUUUACCUAAUGAUGUUUGUUUGACCAUGAAACUUUUUUACUACGAUGAAGUUACACCCCCAGAUUACCAGCCUCCAGGUUUUAAGGAUGGUGAUUGUGAAGGAGUGAUAUUUGAAGGGGAGCCUAUGUACUUAAAUGUGGGAGAAGUCCCAACACCUUUUCACACCUUCAAAGUAAAAGUGACUACUGAGAAAGAACGAAUGGAAAAUAUUGAUUCAGCUAUAUUGUCUCCAAAACAAUUAAAAACACCACUUCAAAAAAUUCUCAUGGACAAAGAUGAUGUAGAAGAUGAACAGGAGCAUUAUAUAAGUGAUGAUUUUGACAUUGAAACUAAAAUGGAAGAGCAGAAAAAAAACCCUGGAUCUUCUGAACUUGGAGAACCAAGUUUAAUUUGUGAGGAAGAUGAAAUUAUGAGGUCUAAACAAAGUCUAGAUCUUUCAAUUUCUCAUUCUCAGGUUGAACAGUUAGUCAGUAAAACAUCUGAACUUGAUGUGUCUGAAAGUAAAACAAGAAGUGGAAAAAUCUUUCAGAAUAAAAUGGCUAAUGGAAAUCAACCAGUAAAAUCUUCUAAAGAAAAUCGGAAGAGAAGUCAACUCGAACCUGGGAAAACAGUCCUUCAUCACUUUGAUUCUUCUAGUCAAGAGUCAGUGCCAAAAAGAAGAAAGUUUAGUGAACCAAGGGAGCGUAUAUAAAAAUUAUUUUUUUCUUCUGCACGUUUGCGAAGUAUUCAACAUUUAAACUACAGUACACUGUAUUACUAUUUUAACGUGUAUUUGCCCUACCUGUGAAAAUUUAUAUGUAAUCUUAAGCAGUUAGUACAGUAAAAUGAAUUUUUAGCUGUCAUAUAUUGUGAUCCUUAGUCUUAUCUGAGACAAUGCAAGAGAACUUUUGAAUAAAACCAAAAGUACCAGUGUCAUAAUUGAUUUUGCUCAUUAUCUACUCAAUAUUGAUCUAUCUUCCAUUUUGGUGGAUACUUCCUUUAAACAUAUAUUAACUUUUAAGGCCCUCUAGAGCCAAUUUUAAAAACAAAUAAUGUUUAUUUUGUUAUUAAAUUUUGGUAGGAAUUUACUUUUUACUUAUGUUAAAACUAUAACACUUAACUGGCUGUUUGUCCCGGUGUCAUUAAAACAAUGUUCUUCGGUGCUUUGAUAGAGUAUAUUAACAUAGUAAUACAGAACAUACCAUUAAAAAUUGGUAAUGGUCAUAUUUUAAAUAUGUCACUGUGUGUCUGGAUUUACUAUGUUGGGCGCAACUGCCAAAAGAACUGGCGUAAGUGGCAACAGAAUACUCUAGAAGAACAAGGAAUUGAGACAAUGACUCGGGUCAGAGCUUGGAGACCUUCUCAGCUGCAUACUUCUGGAGCCAGGUGGUAGAACUGGGAACAAGGCUGGCAUCUGAUAGGAGGAUUUUGUAAAGGCAGAGGCAAAAUAAGGGGCUGACAAGGAAGGGAAGAGGAGAUAAAAAAUUACUAUUCUGGGACAACAUUUUCUACUUCCUAUCCGAGUGACUUAAGUAAAAUUUAGUUGUGCUUUUUUUUUUUUUAAUCUUUUAAAACUUUUUUUUUACUUCAAGGCAAAAUGAGGACUGAUUUUUAAGGUCUGGCAUUUUGGGCAGCAUAAAUAAAAUAUUG